UUCAUAUUUUGUUUGGACAAAGCGCGCGAUAAAGGAAAGCCCAUCCUCCGACGCCGCAAACCCCCUUUCGCUCGUCUUCUCCGUCUUUUAUUUCGAACGCUUGGGAGGACACCAGUAAGGUUUUUAUUUCGAACGCUUGGGAGGACACCAGUAAGGUUUUUCUGUGCUGUUCUCCGUUGAAGUUCGCAGGCCUCUGAUUUUUAGUGUAGGUGCUCUGAAAUGGCAGCCGACAAAAUUAUGGAGGAACUGAAAGUGGUCUCAAAUGCUUGACUUGGCUGAAACCGAGCGGCACAGGAGCUGAAUGCACUGAACUUGUAGUGAAGUUUAUAAUAUUUGAAGCAACGUAUCAAUUGUUACAACCCUGCAGAAUGGGCAUUGAUUCUGGAACUCCUCCUAAUUCACAUAUUGCAUGUCAACACAAGAAACGAAGGGUUUCUCAGGACACUUGCUUUUCUUUGUCUGGGACUUUUAGCCAUCUUGAAGCAUCUGUACCCUGUUUACCAACUUUAGAAGCAGCUGAUUACUAUACGCAGCCCUCUUUAAAGGAUUUGGCUGCUCGAGAAUAUGCAGAUCCUGGUUUUUGUAGCCGAGUGUUGGACUUCACAGUUGGGAGACUUGGUUAUGGCUCUGUCAAGUAUCCUGGGAAAACUGACAUAAGGUGUUUGGAAUUAGAUAAUAUCGUCAAGUUCCACAGACACGAGGUAAUCGUAUAUGAAGAUGAAGCUGUCAAGCCUUUGGUUGGCCAAGGCCUUAACAAGCCUGCUGAAGUAACUUUGGUUCUGCAAACAAGACCAUCAACUAUUGACGAGAGACAAAAAUAUAAUAUUGUGAAAAAGUUGAGGCAGAGUGCGGAGGGACAAGGAGCUCGCUUUAUUUCGUUUAAUCCAGAGAGCGGGGAAUGGAAAUUCUUUGUUCACCAUUUCAGCAGAUUUGGGUUGAAUGAAGAUGAUGAAGAAGACAUCAUGAUGGAAGAUAGUGCUUCAGCUCAAGAUCUUGUGGAAAUGAACCAUGGUGAGAUUUCUGAUUGUGAUGAAGAAAGCCAAAUGGAUCCCACUGGAAUUGUGCUUUCGCAUUCUCUACCUGUACAUCUUGGGCUUGACCCCAUAAAGAUGAAAGAAAUGAGAAUGUUGAUGUUCCAUGAUGAGGAAGAGGAGGCUGAGGAUUUGAAUCAUAUCCCUGCACAUUAUAAUUCAUCCUUUGCUUCUCAGAGGAUGAGUCAGAGAUCCACUCCACCAGUUGUGCGAAAAACCCCACUGGCAUUGCUAGAGUACAAGCAUGGUAAUUUUGACUCAAAUUCUCCUGGAGCCAUUCUAAUGGCCCAAGAAAAUAAGGCCAUGCCCCCUAAGACAUUGAAAGAAGGUUUUAAGCUUGAUCUCAAGCAUGAAACACCAGUAACCAGAAAACAUUCUUGCAACAUAGUUGAUGCUGGUUUGUUUAUGGGUAAGUCAUUUCGAGUAGGAUGGGGCCCAAAUGGAACCCUUGUCCAUGCUGGAACACCAGUCGGGAGUAAUAGUUCUCCAAUGAUGCUAUCAUCCAUAAUCAAUAUAGAGAAGGUUGCCAUUGACAGUGUUGUUCGAGAUGAAAACAACAAAGUUAGGGAGGAACUUGUUGACAUGGCUAUUGAUUCUCCUUUAGAUCUUCACAAGGGAAUAUCUCAUCAGACAAAGGAGAUUGAAGUUGGAUCAUUCAACCUGAGGCUUCAAAAUCUUGUCUCCAACCGUCUGAUGCUUCCACAGAUUUGUAGGAGCUAUGUAGAUAUUAUUGAGAAGCAGCUGGAAGUUCCCAGCCUAUCUUCCUCUGCCCGUUUGGUUUUGACACACCAAAUAAUGAUUUGGGAGUUGAUAAAAGUUCUCUUUUCUGAUAGGGAAAUGGGUGGAAAAUUGAAAUCUUUGGGUGCUGAUAGUGAGGAAGAAAUGGUUCAAGAUGUGAAGGAAGCUUCUCAACAAAUAGACCUGGAAGCUUUACCUCUUAUUCGGAGGGCAGAGUUUAGCUAUUGGUUGCAAGAGAAUGUUUCCCAUCGAGUACAAGAAAAGAUAAGCUCCUUGAAUGAGUCCAGUUAUCUAGAAUAUAUAUUGUUACUUUUGAGUGGGCGUCAGUUGGAUGCUGCUGUGGAACUUGCUGCUUCUCGGGGAGACGUGAGAUUGGCUUGUUUGUUGAGUCAGGCCGGUGGGUCCAUAGUCAAUCGUACUGACGUUGCCCAACAACUUGAUCGUUGGAGGAUCAAUGGGCUCGAUUUCGACUUCAUUGAGAAAGACAGGAUAAGGCUCUAUGAGUUGCUUGCUGGUAAUAUCCAUGGUGCUUUUCAUGAUGUUAACGUUGAUUGGAAGAGGUUUCUAGGGUUGUUGAUGUGGUAUCAUUUAGAACCUAGCACUUCACUGCCUACGAUUUUUCACACCUAUCAACAUCUUCUUGAUGAUGGUAAGGCUCCAUACCCAGUUCCAGUCUACAUUGAUGAAGGACUGGUAGAAGAGGCUGGGAAUUUGAAUGCGGCGAAACGUUAUGAUCUAUCGUAUUAUCUGAUGCUGCUUCAUGCCAGUGAAGAAAGUGAAGUUGGCUUUCUGAAGCCCAUGUUUAGUGCCUUCUCCUCAACACACGAUCCACUGGAUUACCAUAUGAUCUGGCAUCAGCGUGCAGUGUUGGAAGCAGUUGGUGCUAUCAGCUCUAAGGAUCUUCAUGUUCUUGACAUGGGAUUUGUUACCCAGUUGUUGUGUCUUGGGCAAUGUCAUUGGGCCAUCUAUGUGGUCCUUCACAUGCCCCAAUCUGAAGAUUUUCCAUAUCUCCAUUCUAAUCUUAUUCGGGAAAUCUUGUUCCAAUAUUGUGAAUCCUGGAGUUCACAAGAAUCACAACGCCAAGCCAUUGUAGACUUGGGUAUUCCUAAGGCAUGGCUUCAUGAGGCUAUGGCUGUGUAUUUCAAUUACUAUGGGGAUCUUGCGAAGGCUCUUGAACACUUUCUUGAAUGUGCAAAUUGGCAGAGAGCACAUACUAUUUUCGUAACUUCUGUGGCUCCCAAAUUAUUCUUGUCUGUCGAACACUCAGAUAUAUGGAGAAUUGCAACUUCCAUGGAGGACCACAAAUCAGAAAUUGAAAAUUGGGACCUCGGAGCUGGGAUUUAUAUUUCAUUCUAUUCGAUUAGAAGUUCAUUGCAGGAUGUGAACGAUACCAUGAAUCAAAUGGAUUCACUUGAAAGCAGAAAUUCUGCUUGUAGAGAAUUUCUUGGUCAGUUAAACCAGUCUUUGGCUGUUUGGGGUGUCAGGUUACCAAUUGAUGUGAGGGUAGUAUAUUCGAAGAUGGCGGACGAGAUAUGCAAUUUGCUUUUAUCUGAUAUUGGCGAGGGACCAACACGAGAUGUUCAAUUAAGUUGCUUUGACACUGUUUUUAGUGCUCCCAUUCCUGAAGACAAUCGCUCGAGCCAUUUGCAAGAGGCAGUGUCUCUCUUUACAUGCUUUCUUUCAGAGGUUGCUACGUAGGUUUCCCCCUUUUUGCGUGGCAUGCGAAAAUUGAGCUCUCUAGUGCUUUUUCAUGGUAGAUUGAUCAAUGGAGAGAUCCGCGGCACUUCGUUCGCUGAAACUAUAAAAAAGGAAGUUUUCAAGUUCAAGUUCGGGUUCGGGUUCGGGUUCUGGUUCUGGUUUGUUUUUGUUUUCUCGCAAGGCCUUAUUGUUUGCUUCAACAGCAAUCUUCUCUGUAGUUGGUCUAUUCCGGACAUGCAUUGUUCAUGAGUUUUGUGGUACAAAAGCUAUUUUCCUAGUUUGUUAAUUGUACCCUAAAAUUAACUAUUUGUUCCCUUUUUCAUCAUGAGAUA